AUGAACUCCUAUGUCACCCCUCUUGUUAUCUCCAUUGUUGGCAUAGUUUGUUCUACUGUGGCAAUGGCUGUGUACCUCUGCAUAAUCCUCUUGAGGCAAGUCGUUAGAACUCACAAUGCACAAAGAAUCCUCUUGAGGCGUGUUGUCAGAACUCACAAUGCACAACGCAGGGACAACACAUCUUGUGUAAAGAGUGAAGGGAUCCAACAAGAAAUCCUUAACAAAAUCCCAGUUUUCUCAAUCUCUACAACACAAACAUGUAGUAGUAGUGCCAUUGCCAUUCAUUUGAACCAAAAUAUUGAAUGCUCCAUUUGCCUUGGACAGUGGGAAGAUGAGGAUGUGGUGCGGUUGUUGCCUUCUUGUAAUCAUGUUUUUCACAAAUCCUGCAUUGAUGCAUGGUUCAUGCACCAUGCCAAUUGCCCAGUUUGUCGAUCACCAGUCACUUCUGACUGUGAGUUAGCGUUGCCAAUGGCUUCACAAAAUGCUGAUGCCUAA